AUGGCUCUAGGCGAUUUCAUUGAACGCGAGGCGCAGCUAGAUGAUGAGGAGGAGGAUGAAGAACUAGACGAUGAUCUCGCUGGCGAGCACAGGAAAUCAGGGUUAAAUGGGAAGCAGAAGCGACAAGAUCCCGAAGACAGCAGUGAAGAAGAGGAUGACGAUGAUGACGAGGAGGCCGCCAAAAUUGCGCAAGGCUUCAUUGUUGACGAUGAGGAUGAGGAUGAAGAAGAGCAAGAUGAUGGGUCCAAAGUAAUGGUCAAAGGGCGGAAGAAGAAAAGGUCGAGGUCCCAACGCGAAGAUGAUGAGGAAGAGGGUCUGGACGAAGAUGAUUUCGACCUAAUUGGGGAGAACACUGGCUUUGAGGUCCAUAGAGCGAGCUUGAAACGCCUCAAACGAGGUCCACAAGGCGACGAUGGCCGUCGUAGGAAGCAAUCACGCGACCUCGAUGAUAUUUUCUCUGAUGAGGAAGCCGAUGCCCCUGGGGAACCCGAUGACGAUGACGAAGGCCUCAACUCUGGAGACGAGGGACGUCAAGGAGGAAGUGACGAUGAUAUGCAGAUGGCCGGACAAAGAAGUAGGGGUGGGGAUCGAGGCAGAGUCAGCUAUGCACCCGAGCACCUGAACCUCCGUGAAGGCGCAAUAUCAGAUAUGCAGGAUAUAUUCGGACGAGGAGACGAGUACGACUUUGCGCUUAUUACUGAGGAGGACCAGGAGGAAGAAGGCGAGGAUAAAGUGAAGGAUUUGGAGCUGAAGGACGUCUUUGAGCCUAGCGAAUUGGCUGAACGUAUGCUUACGGAUGAAGACAAUGAAAUACGUUUGAAUGAUGUACCAGAAAGAUACCAGAUCGCCCGCAAGCCAUACGCCCAUCUUCGAAUUGGUCGUGAUGAAAUUGACGAGGAAGGAGAUUGGAUUUCAAAGUUCUUGAUUCCUAAAAAGAGGCUAACAUCACAUCUUGUGGAGGCGUUGGUGAAGGCUAUUAAGAAAAUCCUAGAGUUCUUUAUUCUUGAAGAUAUGGAGGUUCCUUUUGUCUUUCAGCAUCGGAAAGACUACUUAAUCCACGCAGAGAAAGUACCCAAACGCCAGUAUAAUGAUAAUGAAGCACAGUAUGAGAUUGUAGCUGAAAGGCUUAUAUCUCAGGAUGAUCUUUGGGAGAUCCUUGAGCUCGAUCUUAAGUUCCGGGCCUAUUUUGACAAACGUCACGCUUUCAUGCGCACCUAUGACCAGCUUAAGCACCACGCCAACGUCGAAGACAGAGAGGCUGAGGAAGGUAUAAGAUACGCCGAAACAAGCGAUCAACUCCAGGACAUGCACGAUUAUAUACAUUUUCGCUAUCAUUCACAGCUCAAAGACAUCGCUUUAAACGGUGUAGAAGGUCGUGGAAAUCAUUUCCGUAGACCCGGAAAUGCCAAGACGAUGUUUGAACGAAUUCGCAAUGGUAAGGUCUACGGACUAGUCCGGGCCUUUGGUAUAUCCGCAUCGCAGUUUUCAGUCAAUGUGCAAUUGGACCAGAAGCGCGAGUUUGCAGAGGAUCCAUUGGACUAUCCGCAUACCAUGUCAGACGAGUACAUCGAAAUUCCGGAGUUCGCAUCUGGCGAGUCGGCACUACAGGCCGCAAAGUUUAUGCUUGCGGAGGAGAUGUUCACCAAUCCAAGCUUAAGAAAGGCAUUGAGGGAGAGGUGGUUCACAAGGAGUUUGAUACAUGUCAACGUUACAGAAAAGGGUGUAAAGAAGAUUGACGAGCAACACCAAUACUACGAAUUCAAAUACCUUCGAAAUCAGACAAUGCAGGCCAUCGCGGCGCAGCCAGGAAUGUACCUCCGUAUGAUGAAGGCUGAAAGUGAUGGGUUGGUGGAGAUAAACAUCGAGCUGCAGAAUGAGGAGGGUUACACUCGCAGGCUUUACGAUUAUAUCACGUCUGAAAAUGUCAGUGAUAUUGCUGAUGCCUGGAACAAAGAGCGCAAAGACGUCGUUGAUCUCGCGAUGGCAAAGUUCAGAGUCAUGUUCCAAAAGAACGUGAAGGAUGAAUUGAGAACUGCCUGCGAGGACGCUGUGGCAUCCGAGUGUCGAAGGAAUUAUUCAAAGAAACUCGACCAAGCACCCUACAAACCUAAAGCUUUGAAGUUGGGCGAGAUCCCGCGAGUUUUCGCCCUUUCAAACGGUCAGGGAGAGCGUGGUAGGGAUGCUCUUGUUGGUAUAUUCAGAGACGAAGACGGCCGAGUUCUCGAAAGCGUUAAAUACUCGGACCUUAAAGAUGAGAAAUCUCGACAAGAGCUAGUCGACGCUCUUCAGCGGAGGAAGCCAGAUGUCAUUGGUGUAAGCGGCUUCAGCGUUCAAACACAUAAGCUCGUCGAGGACCUCCGGCAGCUUGUUGAGCAGAAUGACAUCGUGGUUACUGGAGAAGAGGACGAAAAAAUCCCGAUCGAGGUGGUCUACGUCAAUGAUGAGGUUGCGCGUUUAUAUCAUAAUAGCGAGAGGGCUAUGGUGGACCAUCCCGAUCUUCCCCCGCUUGCCCGCUAUUGUGUUGCGUUGGCUAGAUAUGUGCAAAAUCCUUUGUUGGAAUAUGCUGGAUUGGGAAAAGAUAUUGUGUCAAUUGUGUUUCACCCUGCCCAGCAGCUUCUACCCGAGGAUAAAUUGCAGAGAUCAUUAGACUCUGCCAUUGUUGAUAUGGUGAACCUUGUGGGAGUUGAUAUUAAUGAGGCUGCAAGUAAGCCUUACGUUGCAACAUUAGUUCCCUAUGUCUGUGGUCUUGGUCCUAGGAAAGCCACCAGUGUCUUGAAGACAAUUCAAGCCAAUGGAGGGAGAGUUUCAAGCCGUAUUGAGCUUUUGGGUGACAACGAGAAAGGGCUGGGCACGGUCGUUGGUCCAAGGGUGUUUGUGAAUUGUGCUAGUUUCCUCAUAAUUCCUCACGAUCCCUCAGACCGAAACUCGGAUUACCUUGACAACACUAGAGUCCACCCUGAGGAUUAUGAUCUAGGGCGAAAGAUGGCCGCAGAUGCUCUUGACAUUGAUGAAGAGGAUGUCGCUGCUAUGGUAGUUGACGGUGGUCCUGGUGCUGUUAUCAACGAACUUAUCAACGGCCAGGAAGAUAAGGUCAAUGAGUUGAGUUUGGAGGACUAUGCUGAGGAGCUAGAGCGUAACUUUAACCAGAAAAAGCGUGCCACGCUUGAAACUAUCCGUGCCGAACUUCAGCACGCAUAUGAGGAACUCCGUAAUAGGUUUAACAAGCUUAGCACCGAAGAAAUCUUUACUAUGCUUACAGGUGAAACCCGCGAGACUCUGGAUGAAGGGAUGGUCGUGCCCGUCAAUAUUAGGCGUGUCACAGACAGAUUUAUUGCUGCUCGCCUUGACUGCGGGAUUGAGGGGAACGUCUCUAUCGAUGAAAUGCACAAUGGGACAUCACACUUCACCCCCAGCAGCAUGUACUCCAUCGGACAAACAGUCCAAGCUAGAAUUGAAAACAUCAACACAAGGACAUUCUACGCCGAGCUUUCACUGCGGGAGGACAAAGUGCGGAACCCAAAACGCAAGAAUCCGGACGUGCCGCAAGAGGAAUGGGACGACGCCCGAGAGGAACGAGACAAGGCCCGCCUAGCCGUUACCAACCAAGAACAGACUCGCACCGCAAGGGUCAUCAAACAUCCACUUUUCAAGCCAUUCAACAGCAGACAAGCAGAGGAGUUCCUUGCAGGUCAGAGCCGAGGAGACGCUGUCAUCCGACCUUCCUCUAACGGCCCUGAUCACAUUGCUGUUACGUGGAAAGUCAGUGAUAACAUCUACCAACAUAUUGAUGUACUGGAGCUUGACAAGGAGAAUGAGUUCACUGUCGGAAGAACAUUGAGGGUCGGCGGAAGGUUCUCGUACAGUGAUUUGGACGAGCUGAUCGUCAACCACAUUAAGGCCAUGGCCCGAAAGGUCGACGAGUUGACACACAAUAGCAAGUUCCGAUCAGGAACCAAGGCUGACUGUGAGAAAUGGCUCGAGAAGUACUGUGAAGCCAACCCGAAGCGGUCAACAUAUGGCUUCUGCUUUGACACAAAGCACCCCGGUUACUUCCUCCUCAUGUUCAAGGCCGGCGCUGCAUCGCCGGUGGGGAGUUGGCCAGUGAAGAUCAUCCCGUCCGCUUUCCAGCUGAGAGAUACACCGUUCCCGGAUAUGAUGACUUUGUGCAAUGGUUUCAAAACUAUGUUCAUGCAUUCGCAAAAAUCACGUGCGAGGAUGUAA